AUGGAGCAGAUGGGCAGUUCCCAUGGCAUCCCCUUUGCUUACCGCAUCCGGGGAAGCGACUCAGAGCGUCUCUGCCAAGCGCUGCGUGACGUGGUGCUCCGCCACGAGCCUUUGCGCACGGUGCUGCGUGAGGAUUCCGAAGGGCGACUCAUGCAGCAUGUGCUGCCGGAGCCAGACUUGGACGGGUCGCGGUUGUGUGUCCACGACUUGCGGCAUUUGGAUCCCCAGAACCUGGCAGCCCAGCAGAAGGCAAUUCUGUCAGAGGACAUGACCAAGAACUUUGACCUCUCCAAGAGUAUGCUGCGCAUCCGGGUGAUUCAGAUGCUGUCGGAUGAGCUGCUGCUCUACAUCAAUGUGCACCACGCUGCCUUUGAUGGAGCUUCGCUGAAAUACUUUGAGCGAGACCUGUGGGCCUUGUAUCAGGCUGAGCCGUUACCUCCACUGGCGCUGCGCUACGUGGAUUUCGCGCGGUGGCAGCGGACCCGGCAAUACUCAGAUGCUGUGUCCUUGGAGGGCUCAUCCUUCCACCUGCAGCUGCCGCUGGACCAGCCCCACGCUACCAGCGGGCAUGUGGUAUCCGUCGUCUCCGUCCACCUGGCAACUUAUGGGGCGACGGAUUUUGCGGUGCUCCUGGCGGCGUAUGGCGCAGUGCUCAGCAGGCACUGCCAGCAGCAGGACCUGCUGAUUGGGGUGCCGGUGUCCCUGAGGCGCUCCCAAGACCUGGAGCCCUUGGUGGGGGACUUCGUGAACACCGCCGUGGUUCGGCUUGAGCUGGACAACAACAUGACCUUUGCAUCCAUCGUAGGCCGCAUUCAGCAACAGCUGCUGCUGGCUAUGCGCAGUCCGCCGUGGCAGCAGUUGGUGCAGCAGAUCCGCAGCAAGACGCAGCUGCCAGAGGGCUUAUCACCGGUGGUGCAGACGAUGUUCGACUACCACAGCGACCUUGGCUUUCACCGGUCCUUUGGAGCCAAGGAAGCCUCCGUAGCGCCGGGCGUGGUCUCGAAGCCGUGGAGUCUGGGGAAAAAUGCGCCAGCACAAGAAGCCAAGUUUGAGCUCACUCUGGAUGUCUUCCCAGUGACUGAUGAACAUGGGGAGGCUGGCUACAGAGGACUGUGGCAUUUCCGGUCCCUGGAGAUCUCGUUUGUACGGCUAUUGGCCGCCCACUGGGCCCGCUUGCUGCGGCUGGCUUCACCGGCCCCUUGCCGGCCCUUGCAGCCACUGGGGUUGGAGAGGUCGGUGCUGCACGACUGGUGCACCUCCGUAUCGCCUGCGCUGCCGGAGGUUUGUCUGCAGCAGCUGAUUUGGCAGCAAGCGCAGAGGACGCCUUGCAGCACCGCGCUCCAGGUGUCUGGCCUUCGAGUCUCUUACCGCUCGCUCCUGUGUGCAGCCUGCCGCUGCAGCAAGGCACUGCGCAGAUUUGGUGCUCGCCGCGUGGGCCUGAUGCUGGAAAAGGGUGCGCAGCUGUGCCCUGUGCUGCUGGGCAUCCUUUUCGCAGAAGCCGCCUAUGUGCCGCUGCCCUUGGACAUCCCCCCGGAGCGGCUGCGGUUCAUGCUGCAGGACGCAGCGGUGCAGCUGGUCGUUGCCAGCGCGCCAGUGGACUGCACAGUCCCUGUGCUGAUGCUGUCCAAGGAGCAGGUGUUUCAGGGCCCCCUCAGCCAGCAGGACAUGGAGCUGGUUGCCGCAUCCAGGCCGAAUCUCUCGAAUGAAGUCUACGUGCUUUACACCUCUGGUACAACAGGACGGCCCAAAGGAGUCUCGGUGUCGCACCGGGCAGUACUCAGCCACGUACUUUGUUGCUGCCAGAAGUUUGGGCUGCGGCCAUAUGACUGCGUACUGCAGUCGAUUGCAUUGCCCUUUGACUUCGCUGUGAGCCAGCUGUAUCCCUACCUCAUGAUUGGCGGCUCCAUGCUGAUACCCGAAGAGGCCUUGUGCAAGGAUCCCUUGGAACUGGCAGCCGCUGCUGCAAAGGCCAAUAUCUCUAGCAUCGACAUGGUGCCGACAUUCUUCUCCUUGCUGCUGGAGCAUGGGCUUCCCCUGCCAUCGCUGCGGCGAAUCAACUUGGGCGGUGAGGCAGUUGCCAGCAGGUUAGUGGAGAGGAGCUUGACGCGCUUCCCUGCCAAGCUCUUUGUGACCUACGGCCCAACAGAAGCUGCUGUGGACACGACUACCUGGGAGGCCGGACCCAGCAAUGGGCACGUGGUGGGCGCGCCGGACACCUGGCGGAUCCUGGACCUGUCGAGUGCAUCCAGUGCAUCCAGUGCAUCCAGUGCAUCCGUGCCUUCCUUCGCACCUCUGGGCCUCGCAGCAGAGCUGCGGGUCUCGGGCCCAGGCCUGGCCGCUGGAUAUUUGGCCGCCGGCACCUUCGGCACCUUCGGCACUCCUGGCGGCACCUUCCCGGCGGCACCCCGGGCAGCCGGGAAGCAGUACGCCACCGGGGAUGCCAUGCGCUGGACCGAGCAGGGCCUGGAGUUCUUGGGGCGCCUGGAUGCCCAGGUCAAAGUCCGGGGCCAGCGAGUCGAGCUCGAGGAGAUUGAGUCUCUUCUCAAGAGCUCUCCAGGUGUCACGGAGGCCGCUGUUCUCUUGGCCUCUCGUGGUGACGAGCCCGUGCUUUUUGCUUUCCUAUGCUCUUCCAAGGACCAAAUGGACAAAAUGGACAUGGACAGGGCUCUGGUCGGCUUGGAGUGCCUGCCGCAGCAUAUGGUGCCGCAAUUUUUCCAGCACGUGGAAGACUGGCCACGCAGUCCCACAGGGAAGCUGGACCGGCGACAGCUGCGGGAGCAGGCUGAAAAGCUGCUGGAUCUGCAGGCGCAUGAGGUGGAUGCUUCCUCCACCAACCUGUCUGAGUUCUCAGGAUCGGCACGGUGCUUUCUAGAUGUGCUGCAGAGGCUUUUGCACCGGGAUUUGGGGCCGUCGGACCUGGCCCGCAGCUUCACGCGCCUGGGAGACUCGGUGUUGGCAAUCCGGCUCUGCGCGAAGUUGCGGGAGGAAGGCCUCUCCUUGGCCGCGUCCUCGCUGCUGGGAGGGGCCACUCUGGCGGACCUCGCCAGGGCGUUGCCCCCGCUUCCCGACGCCGUGAUUGGCAUCGCUGGCCAUCGCUUAAAGCACGCGGCCAUCGAGGGAGCGGUGCCGCUUGCGCCCAUGCAGCGCCGAUUCUUCGAGCUCAAGCUGCGGCAUCCGCAGCACUACAACCAGUCCGUGAUGCUGGUGCCGCUGGUGUCAGUGCAGCUGGGGGCCUUGCAAAACUGCCUUGUGAAGCUGGCCGAGCACCAUGACAUGCUCCGAGCCAGCUUCAACCCGGAACAACAGGUUUUGCCAUGCUCCUCUGCUGCUGCAGCUGUGCAUGUCCAAGAAGAGACAUUGGAGCUCCAAGACCUCGAGUCCUGCUGCAAACGGCUCCAGCAGCUCCGGCUGGCUGGACCCCUGGUCCAGGCAACCUUGCUGCAGCUGAGGGGAGAUGCUGAGGGCACUAGGCUCCUGCUGGUGAUCCACCACUUGGUGGUGGAUUUGAUUUCCUGGCAGGUGAUCUUGGAGGAUUUGGAGAAGCUGCUUUUGCACGAGCUUGGCCUGGCUGGAGAGCCACAGCUGUCAGCUGUGCCUUCUUCGUUCAAGGAGUAUGCGCGGCAGAAGAAGGCUUCUGAGGUGCACGAGCCCAAUUUGGACUGGGCGAAGAUGCUGGCAAAGGAGCCGCUGGGUGACAACAGCUGGGGUGCCGCGAAACGCCAGGUGCGGCAUUUGCCCCCAAUUGUGGCUGAGACACUCACGGCAGCACCACAUGCGCGGCCGGUAGAGCUUCUUUUGGCUGCUCUGGUGCAGGCCUACGCCUCCUGUGGCUCGCUUGGGUCGCUGUGGGUGGACCUGGAAGGCCAUGGCCGGGACGGGAACUUCGCGCAGACGGUGGGCUGGUUCACUGAGCUACAGGCCGUGCAGCUUCGCGCCGGUAAGUCUUUGGAUCAAGUCAUCCGGGAGACGAAGGACAGGUGUUGCUUUGCCGAAGAGGCAGAGGUGCAGCCCAUGAUUUGCGUCAAUUACCACGGCAAGGCCGGGCAGCUGGAAGGGGACCUACGACACUUCGCCUUGGCGCCAGAGUGGGAGCUCUUGGCGAAGCAUGACAUCCAACCUGAGAACCAGCGAGAGUACCUCCUGGAAGUGGAGGCCAUGCUGGUCACAGGGAGCUGCGGGAGGUUGCAACUGCGUGUUGAGUGGAUCUAUCAUCCUCAGCUGGAUGAGUCGAUGUGCGCGUGGCUAGAGGAGUUCCUUCGGCAGACAGAUUUGGUCGCGGAGCACUGCAUGCGCACAGCCAGGCGCGCAUCGCUCGCAGACUUCCCCCUGCUCCGCGGCGCUGUGACUCUGUCGGCCUUUGAUGACUGGCUGGCCAAGCUGGCAGAGCCAGAUGAUGUCGAGGACAUUUACCCCUGCACCCCGUUGCAGGAGGGCAUGAUGGCAGAGACGCUUCUGGAUCCACGCGCAAAUGUAGAACAGCUGGCGCUCUUGCUCACCGGGGCGAAGGAUGCCUGGAGAGAUGCCUGGACCCGCGUGGUCGCCCGGCACCAGGCCCUGCGAGCGCGCCUGGUGCCGCCGCCACUGCUGGCAGGGCGGAGGUUCUGGCAGGUGAUCUUCAAAGCUGGCACUGCACCGGCUACGCCAGAAUGGCAGGAGGGAGUUUGGGACUUCGAAGCCGAGUCUUCAGCGCUUCCCCUCAGUCAGUCAGAGGAAGCCAAAUUGAUGAGCCUGGUCUGCAGCUUCAUGGCGCAGGACGUGUCGCGCGGCUGCCACGCUCCGCGCUUCGCCCUUUUCGAGGUUCGCAGAGGUGGCUGCAGCAUCGAGGGUGGCUUGCACGUGCUCAUCCGCACGGAGCAUCACUCCAUCUCAGAUGGAUGGUCCAACCCAUUGAUGCUCCAGGAAGCACUGCGUUUCUAUGAAGGAGGGGAUUUCUCCGAUGCAGCUCCUCGCUUUGCCUGCUAUGUAUCACACGUCUUGGCGUCAACAGAGGGAGAAAGCCGAGAGACGCUGAGAGGAUUUUGGAAGCAGCAACUGGCUGGCUGGACAGGCGCUAUGCCGCUUGCAGCGCUCAAAGCACCUGCAUCACUUGCUCCAGAAGGGCCCGUGAAGGAGGCCCGCAUGGAGUUUCAACAGCUGCGUUCGAGCCUGAAGUGGCCACAGGUGGGCGAACACCAAGUGACCAAAGCAGCGAUGCUGCAUGCUGCGUGGGCUUUGCUGUUGGCGAGCCGUGGUAGCCGCGACGUGGUCUUUGGUGCCGUGCUCUCGGGGCGUGAUGUACCGGUGCCGGGCGUUGAAGGCAUGGUUGGGCUGCUGAUUUGCACGCUGCCUUUGCGUAUCCAAAUAUCUGGAAGCUGCCGAGAUUUGGCACUCCAAGUGCAGAAGUCCCUUGCUGAGCUCUCGGCACACCAGUUUUGCAACCUGGCCGAAAUCAGGGAAUGGUGUGGCCUUCGCGGCCCUGCAAAGGAGCUCUUCCAAACCAUGCUGGUGUUCGAGAAUUACCCAGAUGAUGCGCAAACUUCCUUGGCGCAGGCACUGCACGGCGAAGUCCCAGUGACCGGGGCUUCAUUGCCACUGGCAGUGGUGGUUGUGCCACAAGGUUGCCAGCUGCAAGUCACUUUUCGAUUUGACUCAUCGCUCUACAGCUGUGCGGAAGUGCAGAGUAUGCUCCGGGACUUCGGCAUCAUCCUGGAGAGUAUGCUGGAGUGGCCAAGCUGCUCUUGCGAGGAGCUGCUCCCUGUACUGCCAAUGCUUCACGCAGG